UGCCGAAACCGUUUAACGCUUAUCCAGUUCUGGUCAUACUUUGAAUGGACUAGGGUCGCUCAAACCGCUUUGUGGACUUUAAUCAGAUGUUUGAAGAAUGAAGAUAACAUUGGUAGUACUUUUCCUUUGUCAUUACAUUGUAGUCAGCAAACAGGUGUCCACUCCGGAAGAUGACUACUACUGGGCGGGGGUCGUCGAGUUUAGUUUCGUUGAAAAAUGGAGUGGAAAUGUGUCUGCUGAAGAGAACACCGCAAAUAAUUUGGACAAAUACUUGGAGAUCAUACGUUCCGUUGAAGCACAACCAGUGGACAUUAUUGUCUUCCCGGAGUACACGCUAAACAGUAUUGAGAGUUCGUCGCGGCUUCCAGAUCCUGAAAAGGGGAUCGCUCCAUGUGACGAUCUUCAGUAUGCCCCGAUCGUACGCGAUCUGUCCUGCGUAGCGAACGCUACGCAGAAGUAUCUGGUCGUCAACAUGGUUGAGAUGGUGCCUUGUGACAAUCUUCGGACCUGUCCGAGGGAAGACAGUAGUGAGUUCUUCAACACCAACGUGGUAUUCGAUCGUUCCGGCGUGGUGAUCGCACGCUACCGCAAGUUCAACCUGUACGGAGAGGCAGGUAUCAGUGUAACUCCAUCGGCGGAAAUGGUCACGUUCGAUACGGACUUUGGAGUGACCUUCGGUACGAUCAUCUGUCACGACCUGAUCUUCGAUCUACCGGCGCUCGGCUUGAUCCGCCACGGCAUCACCGACAUAAUCUUCCCAACGAUGUGGUUCUCGCAGCUUCCGUUUCUGACGGCGGCCCAGAUUCAGCAGGGUUGGGCGUACAAGAACAAUGUGAACUUUUUGGCGGCCGGAGCGAGCAAUCCGGGCGUUGCCAGUACCGGAACGGGGAUCUUCGCGGGGAAGCGCGGCCGGAUCGUGACCGUCAUGAACCAUCAGGAUGAUGUGAAAUUGUACGUCGCGGCCGUUCCGAAAGUGAAUCGACCUCAAGCAGUUAUCAAACGUCAACCCGUCGUGAAGGACCCGGUCGGGAUGAAGGACUUGAUGCUGAAACGAGAUCAGAUCGAUCACUACGCAGCGUCGGAUCUUCCGCUGAGGAACAAUGAGUAUUACAGUGCAACGGUUUGUCAGAAUGAGUUGUGCUGCGAUUUCACGCUGAACUACACGUACUAUUAUCCGUCUACAACGCAGGACUUCUACCGCUAUAAGCUCCUAGUCAACGAUGGGCAUGACUCAAAGGGUCGCAUCGCUUGCGCGAUCGUCGCCUGUACCAACGAAAUGCUGGAAACCUGCGGAUCGCGAUUUGAAGAUCCGACCAGCGUCGUUCCAGCUAUCCAGUUCAACAACAUUGACAUUUCCGGGAGGUUCCCGGGGGGUGACAACGUGUUUAUGGUUCCCAGCGGAGUUGAUACCAGCGUACUACCAUUGGAAGUGGAGGAGUUCGAGUACACGGAACAUCUCUACGUUCAGGACGGAAACCAAACGCUCCAAAUCCGCCAACAGCUGAUACUACCCCGAUCCGACCUGCUAACCUUUGGCAUCUGGGGUCGCAAGUUCGACAACGAGGACCAUCGUGACAACAGUGACGACGGUGCAACCUCUACAACUGUCAGCCUUCUGACAAUACUGUUCGCCCUUAUCGCCACCGUAUUAACUAAGUAAAAUAAAGUUCAAUAUUUCAUCAAGGUGAA